AUGAGUCACGACGACGAACCUGAGGACAAAUUCGACCGUUGGUCGAGCAGCGUCUGUAAGCUGGCAAACGCGUGUGCAGAACGAGCUCAGGCCGGCGCUGCAAUGAUGGCAGGAAUGGACGACAGUCGGGCGGCGGCGCUUCUUGCCAUGCUCGCUAUCAUUCUUAUGAUGUACAAGGCUGAAGAGGACGGGCUGUAUUCCUCUGAUGACGACCAGCACCAUUCCGUACGAAGCGAGAUCAUGGACCGCCGCGUUUGCAAGGUUCUACGUGGUUGUAAACAGCGAGCUCGGUAUAGCGACCCCUCGAUGACAGGCGUCGAUGACAACACUACGCUGCUGUUCACUGAAAUGCUGGCUCUCUUCAGAGAUCUACCUGUAGAUUACGAAGGUCCCGGCUUCUCACCCACUCCAUCGCGCAGGCGGCGGCCGGGGGUGAUCAGUGCGCGAGCUAUUGCUCCUGCUCCUGCUCAACGUGCAGCCAGAGUCGGAUCUGUCCACAACAGAAAUCGCAAUUCUCAGCAACACAGAGGAAGUGCGGUCGCAAAGCAACGCGCGGACCUCCCAGGCAACGCUGCACGAAAAGCGAAGCCACGUGGACGCCUUGCAAACCCUCUGGCCCUUCCAAAGGGGCGGUCUGGACCACGAGCGCUUCCACCUUACGAUCCCGUAAGAGGCGAAUGGAUAGGGCGUCGUUCUCCCACUCCUCAGCCUCUCGAUGGUCGGCAAGCUGAAGGUCCCAAUGCGACUGCCAAGGUUACAGUCCCUGACAUAAGAAUAAUCCCUGAGGGUAGACCUGAUUGUCUACGGGGCCUGACUUUCGUCUUCACCGGCGUGCUGAACACCAUUAGUCGACAGGAAGGCAUUGAUUUGGUCAAGCGUUACGGCGGAAACGUCACGACAGCUCCGAAUAGUAAGACGAGCUUUGUCGUCCUCGGCAGCGAUCCCGGCCCGAAGAAGCUUGAGACCAUUCGUAAACUUGGAAUCAAGACUAUUGAUGAGGAUGAACUAAACUCGGUGAUAUGGAGGCGACCAACUGGCGGAGGCGGUUUUGCAGGCGCCAAAAGAUCCUCAACAAUUCCCGUGAAUGGAUGA